UUACACUUCCGGAUUUCUUUUCGUGCCGUCGCUCGGAGUGUGCAAAGCGCGUGAGCUGUCCAACACACUGAAAUUCCUCCUUCAUAACCAGACAUAGCCUUAAUUCAAGAUGCCUCCGAAGAAGGGAGGAGAUGGGCCAAAGCCUCCGCCUCUCAUCGGACGAUUCGGGACCUCGCUCAAAAUUGGGAUUGUUGGAUUACCGAACGUGGGUAAAUCAACCUUCUUCAACGUGCUGACGAAGAGUCAGGCGGCGGCGGAGAAUUUCCCCUUCUGCACCAUUGACCCGAACGAGAGCCGCGUGCCUAUUCCAGAUGAGCGCUUCGACUACUUGUGCCAGUAUCACAAGCCUGCCAGUAAGGUCCCAGCCUUUCUGAAUGUAGUGGACAUCGCCGGGCUGGUGAAGGGAGCUCAUGCCGGACAGGGUUUGGGAAACGCCUUCCUCUCGCACAUCAGUGCCUGUGACUCGAUCUUUCACAUGACACGAGCCUUUGAGGAUGAAGAUAUCAUCCACGUGGAGGGCUGCGUAGACCCGGUGCGGGACAUCGAGAUCAUACAUGAAGAGCUCAGGAUGAAGGACGAGGAGAUGAUCGGGCCAAUCAUAGACAAGCUGGAGAAAACUGCCGUGAGGGGCGGAGACAAGAAACUCAAACCUGAAUACGAUAUUAUGUGUAAAAUCAAGUCGUGGGUGAUCGAUGAAAAGAAACACGUUCGAUACUACCACGAAUGGAAUGACAAAGAGAUUGAGGUGCUGAAUAAAUAUCUCUUCCUGACAUCCAAGCCUAUGAUUUAUCUGGUGAAUCUCUCUGAGAAAGAUUACAUCAGGAAAAAGAACAAAUGGCUGGUGAAGAUCAAGGAGUGGGUAGACUCUCACGACCCGGGUGCUCUCGUGAUCCCCUUCAGCGGAGGUUUCGAGAACAAAUACCUUGACAUGGGCGAUGAGGAGAAACAAAAGUUCUGUGAGGAACAUAAAACCCAGAGUGUGUUGACCAAGAUCAUAAAGAGCGGCUAUGCAGCAUUGCAGCUGGAGUAUUUCUUUACUGCAGGACCUGAUGAAGUACGCGCAUGGACCAUCAGGAAAGGCACCAAGGCACCACAGGCGGCUGGGAAGAUCCACACGGACUUUGAGAAAGGCUUCAUCAUGGCUGAAGUCAUGAAGUUUUCGGAUUUUAAAGAGGAGGGCACCGAGUCUGCUGUUAAGGCUGCAGGAAAGUACAGACAACAGGGAAGGAACUAUGUGGUGGAGGAUGGUGACAUCAUUUUCUUCAAAUUCAACACACCCAAUCAGCCGAAGAAGAAAUGAUGUCAUUUUUAAGCCUGUCUCAGAUUGGCUGGACUGUACCAUGUGGAAUGGGGGAGGGGUGGUGAAUUAAGCUGCAGAUGUGAGGAAUUACCCAUGAGGUUCAUUCACUUUUGGCUUUGGAACAUUCAGUUCAUCCAUCCACACACACACUAUCUGUUUCUGUGUGUGGGGGGGGGGGAGUUGUUUUUUUUUUGUGUGGCAUUUGUUAUUCAAGCCUCAUAUCUAAUAUCUGCGGUUUAUUUUAUGUCUUCACAAUUAAAUGCUGCAUGUCACACAGCAGAAACAGACACCCAAAGCUAAUAAACAACUUCUCCAGAAAAGAUCUGUGAGAC